GAGAAGGGGGAGCGCUAGCCCCUCUCGGUCAUCCUGUCCUAUCACCCAUCCCAGCCAAAUCUGAAAGGGAAAAUGAAAGAAGGACCAGGAGGACCAGGUCCCAAGCAUCUGAGGUGCUGCACUCAGCUCUGACGCCCCAGCCACAACCGCAGGCGCCAUGGGGGAGUGGGCGUUCCUAGGCUCCCUGCUGGAUGCCGUCCAGCUGCAGUCGCCGCUCGUGGGCCGCCUGUGGCUGGUGGUUAUGCUGAUCUUCCGCAUCCUGGUGCUGGCCACCGUGGGCGGCGCGGUAUUCGAGGACGAACAGGAGGAGUUCGUGUGCAACACGCUGCAGCCGGGCUGUCGCCAGACCUGCUACGACCGCGCCUUCCCGGUCUCCCACUACCGCUUCUGGCUCUUCCACAUCCUGCUGCUCUCGGCACCCCCCGUACUGUUCGUCAUCUACUCCAUGCACCAGGCCAGCAAGGAGCCGGGCCGCGGGAACGCAGACGGCGGGACCGCGGAAGUCGGGGCGGCGUGCGCCCGGGGGCGCCCCGAUGGCCCGUGCGUGCCGUGCGCCCAGCGCGCCCGCCGCGCGCGCCGCUGCUACCUGCUCAGCGUGACGCUGCGCCUGGUGGCCGAGCUGGGCUUCCUGGCGGGCCAGACGCUGCUCUACGGCUUCCGCGUGGCUCCGCACUUUCCCUGCGCCGGCCCGCCCUGCCCGCACACGGUGGACUGCUUCGUGAGCCGGCCCACCGAGAAGACUGUGUUCGUGGUCUUCUACUUCGCCGUGGGGCUCCUCUCGGCACUGCUCAGCGUGGCCGAGCUGGGCCACCUGCUCUGGAAGGGCCGCCCGCGCCGCCGCGGCCCCGGGCACGCUCAUCAAGCUGCCGAGCACGACAACCGCUGCAACCGCGCACACGAGGAGGCGCAGAAGCUGCUCCCGCCGCCGCCGCCGCCGCUAGCCCUGCCCUCCCGGCGGCAGGACCCUGACCCCUACGCCCCGCCCGCCUAUGCGCACCGGGCGCCAGCCGGCGACAGCGAGGGCGGCAGCGGCCGCAGCAAGGCGUCACUCGCCACCAUCCGCCAGGACCUGGCCAUCUAGCGGCAGGCUCGGAAGGGGGAUGAGAUCAGAGGCCGGACUCCACCGCUCUGGCCCUCGGAGCAGACGCUAGAAGUGGCGUCCGCAAGAACUGUUUGCAGGACCCCACCUGAGCCGGAGACUCGCAGUGGGGAUGGCCGCAGGGGCAGCAUCCGCACUUCCCUAGUACUUUCAACUGGCCCUGGGUGCAGCCCUGCACAGCCGAGCGGGGGGCAGAGAAUGAACUAAGGCAGGUCAUUGAUACCCAGAUCCAGAUGGAAAGGAAGGGGGCAAGGAAGCCGGAGAGAAAGUGCACAAAAGGAGGGCAGAGCAGAGUGGAAGGGGAGCGGGAGUUGGAGACCAGGUGUGUUUAACUGGGAACAAAUGAACAGCAUUUCCAGGAGCCUCUCCUUGUUCAGGCAGAGGGGCGCCCUGUGUGUGUAAGCACAUGUACACAUGUAUACACUGAGCUGUGGGUGUGAGCAUGCACACGUACACAUGUAUAUCCUGUGAGUUGUGUAUAUACACAGGUGCACUGGUGUACUUCUUGUGAUCUCUUAGCAUGUGCACAUACAUGUCUUGUGGGAGCGCUUUGUGUGUGUGAGCUCUGUGAGUGCAUGUGUGCACACAUACACAUGUGCAUCCUUUU